GUCUGUCUCUCUCCACUCGUGAGGUUUGGACUGUUAACACCAUGCAGCGCAAUCUAGCACUUGUGCAUUGCAGGGCUGAUCGCUCCACAUGACACAUAUGAUCCAUGCUAGCACAGGUCAUGUAGAAAGAGCCGGCGACGCGAACAUGGAAGGUCCUGCUGAGAUGCAAGCAGAGAUGGAGUCAGAGCCGCGCAUGCGCAGUAGGACGUUGUCAGAGUCAAAGCCGCGCAUGCGCAGUAGGACGCGCAGCGGCAGCAUGGCGGAGCCCGCACGGAAACACGCGCUGGAGAUGGUGCGGACGGACGGCGCAGACGAGGGCUGUGUGACGUUUGUGCUUCAUGAAGAGGAUCACACGCUGGGAAACUCGCUCCGAUACAUGAUCAUGAAGAGUCAGGACGUGGAGUUCUGUGGCUACAGCAUCACGCACCCGUCAGAAAGCAAGAUCAACUUCCGCAUUCAGACGCGAGGUGAGAGACUGCUUCAUAUCUGACACACAGAGCUGAAACACUCACACAUAAUCAUACCCAUCUUUCUGUAGCACAGAGC